AUGCCCAAAGUCACCCAUGCAUCCAUGGUAAAGGACGCGCUCAAGGACCUCAACGAACCCACCGGCUCCGGGGUGAUUGCGAUCAUCGAGCGCGUCGCAAAGCUCUACGAAGGCAAGCUGACGUCCACCUACGAGCGAUUGAUCAUCAAGGCAAUCAAGGAUGGCGUCCUGGCCGGCACCCUGGUGCGCGAGGGCAGCCGCAUCCGAUUCCCGACCAAGGACGACGAAGAUCGCGAACUGACUGUGGAGGAGGAGCUCAUCAUGAUCGCGUGCCGCGAGGGCGACAUGUACCCCGAUCGUUUGGCAAAGGCGUUUGCCGACGACAUGGACGACGAAGAGUAUGAGGAGGCCCUGCAAUCGCUCCUGGGCCGCGGGUACAUCAAACUCGUGAGCGAUGGCGCAUAUCGAUGGACCGAUCGGGCCGGCAAGAUCUUUAUCUAUAUGCCCGGCGAUGUUCAUGGCGCAUCGUUUAUUGAGAGGCUGCCGGCGUAA